AUGGACACAGAUUCUCUGCAACAACAACUACAACUCAUUUACUAAACAUUUAGUCUUGAUUAAUCAACAUUCAAAUUAAUGUAGGAAAUGACAAAUAACUAUAUUUUAAAUAAUAAAACGAAUGAUUAUAUAGUCAUUCCAAGAUUGGCUUUGUGGUUGGCAUCAAAAUAAUAACAGAUAGUUGCAAUAGACGGUUCCAUCGUCUAUGGUUCAGGCAUAUCCUUAAAUUCCAUUAUAAAUGAUUGUUAAAAUAAAGGAAUCACUAACAUCGAUCAGUUAAUUGAUGUGGCUAUUAACAUGGUUACCGAAUUAAAAGUCGAUUAAACCUGCUAAAAGACAUUAACACUCCUGAAACAUAACAAUUAAAUCUUAAAUAUGUUUUAUUAAAAAAUGGAGGCACUUUUACUCCAUUUCAAAAUGAACGAUUAAAAUAUUCUAAUUAAAAAUAUCACUUGGCUCCUAUUUUUGAUUACAAAAAAAUCUUUAAAUUUGCAAGACGUCGUCCAAUCUACAUGCAUUCUGAUUUCAAUUCUAACAACAAUACUUAGUUAAUUAUUGAAUAUUUUCACAACAACAAAUAAAAUACUCUCAGAAAUCAAGAAGUCGGCUGCAGGUGAAGAUGAACAAUAAUUACAAAUACAACAAUUUCUAAUCAAUUAAUUUAAAAUUUAAGACUUAGAUCUAUUCUCUUCGAUCAAUUUACAAGCCAAAUAACAAUAUGCUGAAUUGAUAAAAUAGAAUAUCAUUAAGCAAUUAAAGAGUAACUCUGGGUUUUCAAUUUUCAUGGUCAGCAUUAUCAAUUCAAAUCAAUACAAAUUGGAUUAAUAAUAUAAGCAUCUCCUCAAAUCAGAUGAAUUCGAUGAAAGAUUGCUCAUUCCUGAUAGAUAAAAAAAUUUAACACCCAAGAAACUAACUCCAAAUCUUAAUACUCUCAAAUCCAACAAUAUUAAAUAAUUGGCCAUGCAAUCAAAGCAUGAUUAAAACAGAGAAUAAUAAAUAACAUCAUAAUAACAACAGCAAUAAAAUAGAUAUCAAAAAUUGUUGAAUUACGAAUUAGAUACUAAAAUUACUCUUACAACUAAUUUGAGAGAAAUUAAGCUACCAUAAACUGUAUUAAUGUCUCCUUAUGCGUAAUAAUCAAUUGUGGCCACUCCAAUGACGGAAGCUAUGGAAAUGUACAAUUGGAUGCAUGAAAAAUAAUAGCCUUUUAAAAAAUUAUUUAAGAAUGGAACCUUAAAUGUUAAUUAAUUAUUAUCUCAGAAUCCUCAAUUAUUCUAAAACUUUUAAAACCAAGGGAAACAUUUCGAUUUGAUUGACAAAACAUUUAAUGAAUAUAUAUAGUAUUGUUAAGACAGCAAUCUAAUUGAUGAAAAUAAAUCAAAAACUAAUUAAUACUGGACUUUAUAUGUGUUAAUGUUAGAGAAAUCCAAUUUCUAAAUUGAUGAAUAAAUGCUCAAAAGUUUAAUUUGUUUUUGUAUUGAAUGUGUUUAUUUCGUUCUGAACAAACAAUCAUAACUCUUAGAUCAAUUGAUGUAAAAAUGUGAAAUUUAACAUUAUUAACUUUGGAAGUGGUUAGAUUUCUUCUUGAAUUAAUUUGACACUAAAGUACCACAUUAACUUAAAGAACACAUACUAGACAUAGAAGUUAAAUUUGUAUCCUAUUCGAUUUGGUCUUGUGAUAGUCAAUCUGAAUUGAUAAAGUUUCUUAAUGAAAUCCAUAUAAGUAGAUUUUAAUAAAAUAACAAUUAAAUGAAUCGAUUAUUCAAAAGAGUAUUGCAUUAUUGUGCAUUUCAAAUUUAAGUCAUCUGCAGCAAUAUUAAAUUAUAGGAAUAAUUAUAGGAAUACAUCUGGAUUACCAUUAAAUAUAUUAUCAGCGAAAAGACUGACCAUCUAAGAUAUCAUUCAUUAGAUCAAAUUGUUUUGGCUAGUAUUUAUGCUGUAACAAAGUUAACUGGAAACUAAUUAAAAUUUUAAUAAAUUAUUAAUGCCUAUGAACUCACUAAUACAUGGUAUUCGAAGUAGUUUAUCAAAAAAAUUGUUUGCAAUACAUAUAUAUCAAAUGACAGCAUGGGUGAUAUUGUUUCCUAUUAUAACCAGAGUUUUAUCCCUUAAAUUAAAUCAUUUAUGUUGCAGAUGUCACACGAAAUCAAAUCAAACAAUGUCCCACAAUCUCCAAUGAACAAUAAAAAUCCUGCUCUGAAUAAUAAGAUACUAGAUUCACCUCUUAGGGAUAUUCUACCAAGAUAACAGAAUUUUACAACAAAUUUGCAAUCCUAGCACGCUGGCUUAAUGACUCCUGCAACUUAAUUGUUAUAUGCAUAUUAGGAAUCUCCUCUCUUAAAAUAAUAGGUUAAGCAGCAAGCAUUACCAGUUUCAAAAGAAAACGUUUACAACAAUUCGAAUAUCAAUACUAAAAUUGAUUAUAGUUAGGAGACUUAAGAUUUCAUAUUAAAAAAAUUUGAACAAUUAAAGAAUACUAAGAGCAAACAAAUCAAUAGCAAAACUAGUUUUUCAAUUUUAUAAUAGGGAACCCCUAAAAUUCUAAAUAGUAGCAGAACAAAUAAUAGUGCGAUGUUAUAGCAUAAUUAAACUUAGAAUAGUCAAUAAUCCAAUGAACAAAACUCAACGUUUUGCAAACUUUUAAACUUUGAAUAAUAAUGA